GUUUAUAGCAUAGAAUUUGAAAGGCAUCCACAUUACAGUAGUUACAGGAAGGCCUUAUGAUCAAUCUGCUGUGUUGUAAAAGAAAAUGGAUAUGAGCAGCAAUGGUAUCUGGUAUUACUGUGGUACAGGGGCCUUGGCUCUGAUUAUAGCAGUGUUUAUUGUAAAGAGGAGAAAUGUGAGGCUUCCUCCAGGACCAUUUGCGCUACCCUUGUUAGGUCAUCUUCAUCUCCUGCAACCCAACCUUCAUGAAUGGCUGUCUACUCUUUCCAACAAAUAUGGGCCUCUCAUGACUCUCAAGUUUGGCAUGAAAACAUCAAUUGUGGUCUCCUCUUCGGCAAUGGCAAAAGAAAUCCUCAAAGACAAUGACCAGACAUUUGCAAACAGAGUCGUUCCAGUAGUAGCCAGGUGCUUUGCAUAUGAUGGGUCUGAUAUUCUUUGGAGUCCCUAUGGACCCAAAUGGCGUUUCCUUAGAAAAAUCUGUGCUAAGGAGCUUUUUUCUGCAAAGAGCAUGGAGACCCUGCAUCCUCUGAGAAGGGAAGAAGUGCACAGAACAAUUGGGGAUAUUUACAGGGACUCUGUGAAUGGAAUCAGUGUUGAUGUGGGGGCUAAGGCUUUUGCUACUUCAUUUAAUCUUAUUACAAACAUGAUGUGGAGUAAAAAUGGUGAGAGGGUCCUGGAAUUUAAGGAUCUCAUGGCUGAAGAGCUUGAUGUGUGGAGUAUUCCCAAUCUUUCAGAUCUGUUUCCCUUUUUGGAAAGGCUAGAUGUGCAAGGGCUUUACAGAAGGAUGCAGAAAGUGUUUGUGAAGCUUGAUGGGCUUUUUGAUAGGAUUAUUCAGGAGAGGGUGAAGGGAGAAAGUGAGGGAAAUGAUUUUCUGCAACUUCUGCUUCAUCUAGUAAAUAGAGCUGUGGUUGAGGAGGAUGAUAUGGGCUUUCAGCUCACCUUGAGGGAUGUUAAGGCUCUGAUCCUGGACAUGGUAAGUGGAUCGACAGAGACCACAUCCUCCACAGUUGAAUGGGCAAUGGCAGAGCUCCUGCAAAAUCCAGAGAUAAUGAAGAGAGCUCAAGAGGAAUUGAAACAAGCUGUGGGUCUUGACCACAGAGUAGAAGAAUCCCACUUAUCCAGGCUGCCAUACAUGGACGCAAUAGUAAAGGAAACACUACGUUUGCACCCUACAGUCCCUCUGCUUGUUCCCCACAGCCCAGAUAAGACCUGCCAAAUAAGCGGCUAUGUCAUUCCAAAGGGAGCUGAAAUUAUGAUCAAUGUUUGGAAAAUUCAGAGGAACCCAGAAGUGUGGAAGAAUCCAUUAGUGUUUGAUCCAGAGAGAUUCAUGCAGGACCCUCAUAAAUGGGAAUACAAUGGGCGUGAGUUUGAUUAUAUUCCAUUUGGGUCUGGGAGGAGGAUCUGUGCAGGAAUUUCCAUGGCCACUCGGAUGGUUCAUUAUACAUUAGCUUCUCUUCUUCAUUCUUUUGACUGGUCUCUGCAAUCUGGAGAGAAGGUGGACAUGUCUGAGAAAUUUGGUUUUGUCAUGCAUAAAGCAGUUCCUCUGGUUGCUAUUCCUAAACCACGUUUAUCCCAAGCUCAACUUUAUUAGUUGAACAUUAGCAGGAGCUAUUAGAGGGGGGAAAAAAAAUUGCAAAUAAAAGGUGUAUGAUAGGAGAAAUAAAGGCAGAAGAGCAGCAGUUGAAAUAAGUAUUAUCUUUAUGUAAAUGCAGGACGAAUUUUGCAGUCUAAACUAGUUAGUUAAACAAUACAAUAUGCAAAGAGAUGCUGGUUUGUU